ACUUCCUUCAUUCAUCGCACCAUUUCACGUUGUUGUUCCUUUCCUCCUCUCUUUCUCGUCUUCAUAAACAGAGAAAGAAAAUUGGGAAGGAAAACGGGAAGAAGGUCUAAAAGCAAAGAGAUACUGUAAAAAAAUGUACAGAGUAGGAUAUUUGAUUUCAAGAGUAAACUCGAAGACCUCAUUGUUCUCAUCAUCGCGUUUCUCUUAUCAAUCUCGCCAUUUCAUCACUACAUUUCGGCCUCCUGCUGUUUUCGUUGAUGACUAUGACACUAAGAAGGUCUUCCAUACGACUGCUGUUGGCUUGAGGCAAUCAACUUGCGUGGGUAAAGGCGAGGAUCCUUUCGAUGGGAAGUUUCUUUCUGAUCCUCAACGAGAAGGCCUGAACCAGUUCAAAGCAAUUUUCCUAGGAACUGGUAUUCUGGACAAUACUUUUAGUACUCCAAAGCGUAUUCAUGCUGGUCGGAAGCAUAAUGAUCUGGAUGAUGUUGGGAAAGAUACUCAUCAUCGAACAUUUUUUGAGGUGCUUGGUAACUGGUCCUUUGGAGAUUGCUUCAAAUCUCAAGCUAUUUCAUGGGCAUUGGAGCUUCUCACACAGGUGUGUAAACUACCCGCUGACCGUAUAUGUGCCAUGUAUUUUGGUUGUGACGAGAAAUUGAGCCUGGAAGGUAAUGAUGAAGCAAGGGAUAUAGGGCUGGAAUUUUCUCCAGGCUUGCCUUUUGGGCGCAAGAACCACUUGUUGCAUUGACGACUGUUCUCAGAGCUCCAAUUGGUCAUCUUAUGGGUCAUACUAGAGUAUAUGUAUCUACUAUCGGGGAGUCUAAUCCUUUCAGUUCACAACCAGUCCGGUUAUAUGCAAGCGUGCCUCAUAAGUAUUUCAGGGUUUGGUGGAAGUAUCCACCUAAAGGAUUUAUAAAGGCAAUACAUACGCAAGUUAUAAGGACGGGACUGAUCUCGCUUGGGUUGGAGGAAUUAUUCGUGAUGAUGAAGCAGAAUAUGUGCGUGCCUACAACAAAGAAAUCCAAGCAUCAACCAUCCCUCUGGCCGAGGCCAAAGGUGUGUCUGAACUUAUUCUCUAUGCUAAGGAGCAUGGGUUUCUGCCUAUUGUGAUUGAGACUGACUGUAAAGCUGUAAAGGAUAAAGCGAUGAGUAAAACACUCCACAUCGAAUCCAUUUAUAGAGAAAUGCAGAUGUUAGUCAGGAAGCAUAACGUCACAGUAUUUGCUGCAUACGAAGAGGUCAAUGAAAUUGCAAAUCAACUGGCGCGUUUAAGGUAUAAUGGAAUGCAUGAAUACAAGGACAUCAAUGAGCUACCCCUGAGUAUUCAGCAGGAUGUCAGAACCCGCCUUGCAGAUGAAAAGAACAAUAAACCUUACCACAGGCUGUGGAAGUCCAAGAAGUAGAUAAGUAGUUGAUGCUAAUCCAAGAAGAGAACCUACCUCGUUUGAUACUUAAGAUGCUUACAAACUUUUUUUUUGAUCAGAACUGAUAGUAGUUGAUGCUUGGGAUGAUUACCACUUGAUAGUGGAUUUUAAAAAUUUUGGUACCACUGAUAGUUCUUCUAUGAUUGAUUAGAAGGAAAAGAAGCUAUAAUAUUGAAGAUAUUUUACUGUUUCAAA